CUCACCUCAUUCACCGUUCAAUUCUUUCUGACACUCGCAAAGGCGUCGCCACCCGCCUUGGCCAGCACUUGUCACUUGCAUAGCUCUUCUUGGCAACAAUUCUUGGCAUCUAUCCUUGCGCAUGCCCUUCUCUUCAUCAUGGUUUCUCUCACAGUCCGCCAGUCUCUGGCAAUUCUCCUCACUCUUGCUUCUGACACUCUCGCCAAGGACUGGCUCAGUCCCGAGUACAAAUGGCUAUACGAAUUUCCUCUUCCAAUCCCCCCUCCUAAGGCGGAACGAUUCACCAACCAGCCAACCGUUGUCAACCCUGUGACGGGGAAGAAGAUCAGAUACUAUGAGAUUGAGAUCAAGGAGUUCUCUCAGAAGGUUUACCCCAACUUGGGCAAUGCUACCCUUGUUGGCUAUGAUGGCAUCUCUCCCGGCCCCACGUUCCUCAUGGAGCGUGGAGAGGAAGCAGUCGUUCGCUUUACCAACCAUGCCAAGAUGGCUAACUCUGUCCACCUUCACGGUUCCUACUCGCGUACCGCUUGGGAUGGUUGGGCCGAGGAUAUUACCAAGCCGGGACAGUAUAAGGAUUACUACUAUCCCAACAGCCAGUCUGCCCGAACACUCUGGUACCACGACCACGCCAUCGACCACACGGCCGAGAACGCUUAUUACGGGCAGGCGGGAACCUAUCUCCUCCAUGAUCCUGCCGAGGACAAGCUCGGUCUUCCCAGCGGAUAUGGUAUCUACGACAUCCCCUUGAUCCUGUCUGCGAAGCAAUACAACCCCGACGGCAGCUUGUACUCCCCUGCCUUGGAAACUACUAGUCUGUAUGGAGAUGUUAUCCACGUGAACGGGCAGCCGUGGCCCUACCUCAAAGUCGAGCCCCGCAAGUACCGCUUCCGCCUUCUUGAUGCCGCCAUUUCUCGCUCGUUCCUGCUCUAUCUCGAAGACAGCAAGGGAAAUAGAACCGACUUCGACGUCAUCGCCUCUGAUGCUGGUCUCCUGACUAGUCCCCAGUCUGUUAAGGAGUUGUACAUCUCCAUGGCCGAGCGUUACGAAAUCAUCAUCGACUUCUCCAAGUUCAAGGGCGAGAAUGUCACUCUCCGCAAUACUCGCAGUUUUUCAGCCGAUACCGACUUCCUUCAUACCGAUAAGGUCAUGCGCUUUGUAGUCAGUGAUAAGUCGGUCGAUAACCCUGGCGUCCCCGCCACGCUCCGCGAUGUUCCAUUCCCCAAGGACAAGACCGGCGUCGACCAGCACUUCCGCUUCGAGCGUAAUGGUGGCGACUGGCGUAUCAACGGUGUCACCUUCGCCGAUGUCAACAACCGUGUCCUCGCUAGGCCUAAGCGUGGCACCAUUGAGGUCUGGGAGCUUGAGAACAGCUCCGGUGGCUGGAGUCAUCCCAUCCACAUCCACCUUGUCGACUUCCGCGUCAUCAAGCGUGUCAAUGGCCGCGGUGCUGUAAUGCCCUACGAGUACAACGGUCUGAAGGACGUCGUCUGGCUCGGUCCCGGCGAGACUGUCACCGUCGAGGCCCAUUACGCUCCCUGGCCCGGUGUCUACAUGUUCCACUGCCACAAUCUGAUCCAUGAGGAUCACGAGAUGAUGGCUGCCUUCAACGUCUCCGUUCUCGAGGACCUCGGAUACACUGAGAACCAGUUCGUAGACCCCAUGGAGGGCGAGUGGCAGGCCAAGAACGAGAGCGCCAGUGCAUAUGAAUACAAAGCGGUCAAGUCCCGUAUCGAGUUCAUGGCCAGCUUCCAGCCGUACAACAAACUUGAUGAAGUCGAGAGCCGCCUUGAUGCUUACUGGGCCAGCAAGACGGCCUCCCCGUCUUUAGCCGUCCCUGUUGCACCCGCCUCCCCCACUGGCUCCACUCUCGUCGCCGUUACCAAGGCUGCCUCGGCUACUUCUUCGACCAUCACUACCAAGGCCGCGACGACGACCAAGUCCGAUGACAAGAAGUCUGGUGACGAUGACAAGAAGUCUGGUGACGAUGACAAGAAGUCUGGCAGUGAUGACAAGAAAUCUGGUAACGAUGACAAGAGCGGCAAGAAGCCCACCUCCACAACAUCAACCACUACAACCAGCAAGAAGGGCAAGCGAGGCCUGCGCUUCCGUGCGGCCAACAUCCCCAUUCCCAAGCGCACUGCUGCUCCCCAGGCGUGA